GUUGCGUUACCCACUUGCCGCGAAUAUGAGUCCUUACCUGCUCACCGUCAUCCUCGUUGGCCUCCUGACCUUGGCCGAGGGAAACCGCCAGCCGGCGGAUGUGGGCUCCCAGCCCUAUACCAUCUCCCUGCGCCGGCACGGCGUCCAUGUGUGCACGGGAGUCCUGAUCACCGCCAAGUGGGGUCUCACCGCUGGCCACUGUGUGAGUCUGGGAGGCGGACAGCAAAGCUAUCCCCCUUCUUCGUAUACCAUCCGAGCUGGAAGCAUCCAGCGCCUGGCAGGCGGCCAGCUGCUGCCUCUCUCCCAGAUCAUCAUCCACAAGGACUACUCCAGUGCCGGUCCUGCUGGGGCCAAUGAUCUGGCAUUGUUGGAGCUGCAGACGCCGGUAACGCUGAAUGCUAAUACCCAACCCAUUGACCUGGGCACCGCCAGGCCACCGGCUGGUAGCCAGGUAACCUACUCGGGCUGGGGUUCGUCCAAGGCAGAUGGAGCUUUGAGCCAUGGCCUGCAGGUGGCCACGCGCCAGGCGCUUAGCGCCACUGCCUGCCAGCAGGAGCUGUUCCUGGAGCAGGAGGAUCUGCUCUGCCUGAGCCCCGUGGCGGAGACUGAUCUCUCUGGGCUGUGUUCCGGCGACGCUGGUGCCCCGGCGGUCUACGAGAACCAGCUGGUGGGCAUUGCCGCCUUCUUUGUGAGCGGCUGCGGUUCCGGGCAGCCCGAUGGCUAUGUGGACACAACCCAGCAUCUGGAGUGGAUCAUCGUGAAUUCUGAAUAAAUGAGACCAACGACCAGAGCCUAGGUUAGGUGGGGUUAUCAUGUUUCUUGGGAUAUUCCAUUUAUUUAAUUUAUUAAGACAAUAUAGCCGUGGAACAAUGACUUUUGAAA